GGUGUCUCGUGGGUUGUUACCGGGAGAGACGGUAUGGUCAAGGAUGCUGGUAAGAAGGUAGGUCUAGGUCCGAGUAUACUAAACUAAAUGCACCCUUCUCCAGCAAAUUCGUUGAUUGAGAAACAACGCACUUCGCUAGUGCAGAUGCACAAAGAUGGGUGUCCAUGGAAAACUCGACAGUGCGAUGCUUCAAUAUACCGCAUUCCUCUACAAUCACCAUUGGCAAUGGCUCGAGAUAUGAAGUUAAAUGCUUUAACUUUGGAACCCGUGUUGCAAGGCGUGCAAGUAAGACAUCCUUUGUCUAACGCGCAACUGAAGACUCUGCGAUCCAUAAUUGCGACUGUACCUAUUACACCAGCCUUUUCGGAGGAAGGGUCUUCACCUAUGCAAGUGGACGGUGAUCCAGAUGCUUCAGUUUUUACAGACGAGCCGUCAGAUUCGACGCUGUUGACAUCUCUAUUUGGUUGGGCAUUAGCACCGCCUUCUCCUGAACGACUGCGAACGACGUCCCUAUCUAGAGCAAAUACAAAUGUCCCCUCUAAGGCUUCGACACCGUCAUUGUCUCGUGCUAACUCUGUCGCUCGUAUCUCUGAAAGAGAGGCGACGCCAGUAUCUUCACCUAUGAUACCUCGUACUAGCUCUUUCCGUUCUCCAGUCAACAACCAGAGGGAUUCUUCUCUCUUACACUGUUCUCUGUGCCAAAGGCGGAUUGGGCUAUGGGCGUUUGCUCCUCCACCUCCGCAGAAUGGUUCUACAGCCGAGGACCACGAAACUCCACCACCCGCGCCUAAGCCUCAAAGGCAAUUUGAUAUUUUGAAAGAACAUCGAUCGUAUUGUCCCUAUGUCGUUCGUUCCACUGUUGUUCCCUCGCUACCACUUCAGCCAGGUGCAACUUCACAUACGAACAUGUCACCUCAAGCACAGUUGAAGGGUUUGGAAGGAGAAAUCGAGGGAUGGAGAGCAGUGGUAGCUGUUGUGUCGAGGCAUGGCUUAGGUCAGAGACAGCGAAUGGCUUUGUCAAGAACUAUGUCUGGGCUAUCAAAUGAAGUGUCAGACGGAAGUGAACAGGAAGGGCGGACCGAUCUAGAGGGGGUGGAGGCCAUGGUCGCAGGAGUGAAAAGUCGCGGGGGCAGAGACUUGUUGAGAUAUGUCAAAGGACUUCUUGGUUAGAUCACGACGCAAUACUGUAUUCUUCAUAUGAUGCUGCGCAUUUGUAAAAUCAAUCUCACGCAACGCUUCCUUCCUCGGAGUGUCGGUUUUCAACGUUUAUACUCAUGGAUAGCACUUUUCUAUGGAGGACAGCCUCUCAUUGGUGGAUAAGCAGGUGUCAAUUGCAAGCACUACGUUUAGGUUGGAAAGUUGUGCAAAGGUCGGGAAGAAUGCCAGUGCGUUCAUAAAGGAGGAACGCUGUUCAUUCGACGGGAAUUGCGCUGUUCCCCGUGACAUUCUUCGCCUCGCUUCACGUACCGGUGAGCUGGUGAUUGAGGCACCUAUGUCCAUCAGAGAUUGGCUGUUGGGCGAAGGGUGGAAAGCGAGAAGCAAGGAUUGGUUCUGAGAUGCGUGCUCAGCAGUGCCUUUGAAUCUGAUACGGUCUACGUAAGUGGAAGCACCCCUUGUUCUGUCGACUAUUCCUUGGUUGUCGAUCGAGCUUU